AGCAACUGUCAAAAGCAGCAGCGUGCUGAAUAUCGUCAGCGUUUGUCCAUCUGCUUUCUCAAACACUGGGCUUCUUUCUUACAUUACAGGAAUGUUGAAGGAAGAAGGGAGCUAAAUUCUGGUGCAGUAAGGUGACUUUAGAGUGAGAGAGAGAGAGAAAUAAGAUAAAUCCAACUCAGGAAAAGGCGGAGGCAAGGAAUUUAAAGAUGUAUAGGAAUAAUACUGACCAUAAGCUAAAGGUGGAAGCCAUAAUUAAAAACAUUAACACAAUCUCUUUGGAGCUGAAGAAGAUGAAAGAGCUCUCCCAGUUACUGCUUUGUGACCUUACUCUACAUUUUAAUCAUCCUGUGAAGGCAGAUGACUUCAAGGAAACAGAAAGAAACAACCCCCUCUUUGAAGAGUUUAAAGUAUCAGAUGUAUCCCUUGCUUCUGAUAGUUUUUCGACCUGAUUUCUUAUUUGUUUAUUGUGAAUUUAGAACUGUACGUAUUGUUGAAUUAACAAAUAUCUGGGAGAUUUGAGUUUACUAA